ACGUCAUCAGAGUGCGACAGGCGCACUUUUUAAACCGCCUUCUGUAAAUAAACUUUUCAAACGACAAUUCUAAUCAAAAGUGUCGUUCUGACAUCAAGGUUUUUUUUCCCGGCAGCCUAUGCUGUUUAAAAUGGAUAAAGUCACAGACACAUCACAUACUGGUAUCAAAGACAGCGCAUCGGGGUUAUCGAGCGACAGCAGUGAUGACGAGCCACUGGUCAAGAUCGCCUCGAAGAGUCCUCAGGUGACCAUGCUUCUGAAGGUGAUGGUGGAGCGGUGUCCGUUUAAGGAGUUUGGGAACGGGUGUAAAGGCACAGAGCUCCCUCUGCGGCUGGACCCAAGCGACUCAGACGAGGAAGCCGAAAAAGAAAGGCGUAAACAGGACGGAAAAACAGGCUUUUGGAAAAUGGAGGAACGAGACAAAAGUGUUCUGGACAGUGCUGAUGAUGAAGAUGAUGUUCCUCUGGUGAACGUACUGAAGAAUCUAAAGGAUAAGAAACAGUCUGAGCAGGCAGCAGGUCAGACCCUCAACUCUGAGGGUCAAACACAAGACGAUGGAGACUCCUCAGAUGAUGAGCCCUUGUCCAAAGUAGCCAAGUCUCGUCAAGCAAAGAAAGCCUCGGCCAAUCAGAUUCAAUCUAGAAGUAUCCAUAUGGGGAACAGAACAGCAGUUCUGAACAGUUCUGAUGAUGAGGAUGAUGAAGAUGAUGUACCUCUGGGGAACGUACUGAAGAAGCUAAAGGAGGAGAAAACUUCUGAGCAGACAGCAGGAGACUCCUCAGAUGAUGAGCCCUUGUCCAAAGUAGCUAGUUCUCGUGCAGCAAAGAAAGCUUCAGCCAAUCAGAACGGAUCUAAAAAAAUCCAUAUGCGUAAAACAGCAGUUCUGAACAGUUCUGAUGAUGAAGAUGAUGUUCCUCUGGUGAACUUAACGAAGAAGACAACAGAGGAGAAACAGUCUGAGCAGACAGCAGGAGACUCCUCAGAUGAUGAGCCCUUGUCCAAAGUAGCAAAGACUCGCUCAUCAAAGAAAGCCUCGGCCAAUAAGAACCGUUCUAGAAGCAUCAAUAUGGGGAAAAGAAGAGCAGUUCUGAACAGUUCUGAUGAUGAGGAUGAUGAAGAUGAUGUACCUCUGGGGAACGUACUGAAGAAGCUAAAGGAGGAGAAAACUUCUGAGCGGACUGCAGGUCAGAGCCUCAGUUCUGAGGCUCCACAGCCACAACAUGAGGGAGACUCCUCAGAUGAUGAGCCCUUGUCCAAAGUAGCAAAGUCUCGUGCAGCAAAGAAAGCUUCAGCCAAUCAGAACCGAUCUAAAAAAAUCCAGAUGCGUAAAACAGCAGUUCUGAAUAGUUCUGAUGAUGAAGAUGAUGUUCCUCUGGUGAAUUUAACGAAGAAGACAACAGAGGAGAAACAGUCUGAGCAGACAGCAGGAGACUCCUCAGAUGAUGAGCCCUUGUCCAAAGUAGCAAAGACUCGCUCAUCAAAGAAAGCCUCGGCCAAUAAGAACCGUUCUAGAAGCAUCAAUAUGGGGAAAAGAAGAGCAGUUCUGAACAGUUCUGAUGAUGAGGAUGAUGAAGAUGAUGUACCUCUGGGGAACGUACUGAAGAAGCUAAAGGAGAAGAAAACUUCUGAGCGGACUGCAGGUCAGAGCUUCAGUUCUGAGGCUCCACAGACACAACAUGAGGGAGACUCCUCAGAUGAUGAGCCCUUGUCCAAAGUAGCAAAGUCUCGUGCAGCAAAGAAAGCUUCAGCCAAUCAGAACCGAUCUAAAAAAAUCCAGAUGCGUAAAACAGCAGUUCUGAACAGUUCUGAUGAUGAAGAUGAUGUUCCUCUGGUGAACUUAACGAAGAAGACAACGGAGGAGAAACAGUCUGAGCAGACAGCAGGAGACUCCUCAGAUGAUGAGCCCUUGUCCAAAGUAGCAAAGACUCGCUCAUCAAAGAAAGCCUCGGCCAAUAAGAACCGUUCUAGAAGUAUCAAUAUGGGGAAAAGAACAGCAGGGUUAUCGAGCGACAGCAGUGAUGACGAGCCACUGGUCAAGAUCGCCUCGAAGAGUCCUCAGGUGACCAUGCUUCUGAAGGUGAUGGUGGAGCGGUGUCCGUUUAAGGAGUUUGGGAACGGGUGUAAAGGCACAGUUCUGAACAGUUCUGAUGAUGAGGAUGAUGAAGAUGAUGUACCUCUGGGGAACUUACCGAAGAAGACAACGGAGGAGAAACAGUCUGAGCAGACAGCAGGAGACUCCUCAGACGAUGAGCCCUUGUCCAAAGUAGCAAAAACUCGCUCAUCAAAGAAAGCCUCGGCCAAUAAGAACCGUUCUAGAAGCAUCAAUAUGGGGAAAAGAAGAGCAGUUCUGAAUAGUUCUGAUGAUGAGGAUGAUGAAGAUGAUGUACCUCUGGGGUACGUACUGAAGAAGCUAAAGGAGGGGAAAACUUCUGAGCGGACUGCAGGUCAGGGCUUCAGUUCUGAGGCUCCACAGACACAACAUGAGGGAGACUCCUCAGAUGAUGAGCCCUUGUCCAAAGUAGUAAAGUCUCGUGCAGCAAAGAAAGCUUCAGCCAAUCAGAACCGAUCUAAAAAAAUCCAGAUGCAUAAAACAGCAGUUCUGAAUAGUUCUGAUGAUGAAGAUGAUGUUCCUCUGGUGAAUUUAACGAAGAAGACAACAGAGGAGAAACAGUCUGAGCAGACAGCAGGAGACUCCUCAGAUGAUGAGCCCUUGUCCAAAGUAGCAAAGACUCGCUCAUCAAAGAAAGCCUCGGCCAAUAAGAACCGUUCUAGAAGCAUCAAUAUGGGGAAAAGAAGAGCAGUUCUGAACAGUUCUGAUGAUGAGGAUGAUGAAGAUGAUGUACCUCUGGGGAACGUACUGAAGAAGCUAAAGGAGGAGAAACCUUCUGAGCGGACUGCAGGUCAGAGCUUCAGUUCUGAGGCUCCACAGACACAACAUGAGGGAGACUCCUCAGAUGAUGAGCCCUUGUCCAAAGUAGCAAAAACUCGCUCAUCAAAGAAAGCCUCGGCCAAUAAGAACCGUUCUAGAAGCAUCAAUAUGGGGAAAAGAAGAGCAGUUCUGAACAGUUCUGAUGAUGAAGAUGAUGUUCCUCUGGUGAACUUAACGAAGAAGACAAAGGAUGAGAAACAGUCUGAGCAGACAGCAGGAGACUCCUCAGAUGAUGAGCCCUUGUCCAAAGUAGCAAAGUCUCGUGUAGCAAAGAAAGCUUCAGCCAAUCAGAACCAAUCUAAAAAAAUCCAUACACGUAAAACAGCAGUUCAGAAUAGUUCUGAUGAUGAAGAUGAUGUUCUCCUGGUGAACUUAAUGAAGAAGACAACGGAGGAGAAACAGUCUGAGCAGACAGCAGGUCAGACCCUCAACUCCGAGGCUCCUCCGACACAACACGAUGAUGACUCCUCAGAUGACGAACCAUUGAGCAAAUUUACAAAGUUGAAGAGCAGCUGCAGAACUAACAAAAAGAAAAAAAGAACGGGGUCUUCCAGUGACGACUCGGACUAUGAGCCGAGUAAGAAGACGGCCCCCAGACCUUCACCCAAGAGCCGGAAACCUCAGCCUAAACCUAGGAGGCGCAGGCAGAAAGACACAGAGUCCUCAGAUGGGAGCUCUGAUGAUGACGUUCCGCUGGUGAACCUGGACAGGAAGGAGAACCAGUCCACCACCAAGACCGGCACCAAGACUAGGUCCACACCGGCCCAGAGGUCUCCAUCCAAACCCCCCACAAGGGCACCCAGGAUGCAUGCAACCGCAGCUGAGAGCUCUGAUGACGAACCUCUGCUCAACCUGUUAAAGAAGCCGCUCAAAGACGGGAAAAACAAAAGUUUGUCGCAAGGGAAUGGCCAGAGGACAGAGAAGAGAGACCAAACUCCUUCGAAUAACAACCAAGGAUCAUCAGGAAAGGCCAUAGUUACCAAGAAGAUGAAAAGACAAAGGGCUUGCAAUAAUGGGUUAUCGAGCGACAGCAGUGAUGACGAGCCACUGGUCAAGAUCGCCUCCAAGAGUCCUCAGGUGACCAUGCUUCUGAAGGUGAUGGUGGAGCAGUGUCAGGUUAAGGAGUUUCGGAACAACUGUUAAGGAACAGAAAUAACUAGGACUGGUUCGUAGGGCCCGCUUAGCCUGGGUAUACCCAUGCUGCCUUGUGCGCAAUUUCAUUUUGCGCUGCCCGCUGAAGCAGAAACGACAGCUUUGAAAGAAUGAGGAAGCCUUCUACACUGGAGCAGUUCAUGUUGCAUUUUGGAAAUGUCUAGAUAGUUAGUCAUAGAAAAUCUUUAAAUGUUUUUUAAAAUUCAAAAGGUUUUAAUGAUCAUUUCAAUAUUUUAUUGUAGUGGAACAUUUCUAUUAGAUGUGUUUUUUUUUCUGUACCUUUUUAUUUAGAUGUAUGCAUCAUUUUAUAUAUUGUCCAUAGUAUGUCACUGAAGUUCAACUUUACUCAUGUUUUGAAAAGAAAAAUGAAGUGGAAAAUGAUUUUGUCAUUCAAAAGUAUUAAAUCGACUUUCAUACAUGAUCA